CAAAACACAACUCAAACCGUGGCUAGAAUUUCAACUUUCUCAUACAUGUAACCCAACCAAAGUCUGUUCUCCUCCUCAAAAACAGCUAAUCACACCAAACUCAACAAAGACCAACUCUUCCCACACCAAGAACUUCAACCCCUCUUCUUCUUCCCCCAAGUCCUCUCUCACAAUCUAAACCCAUGGCAUCAAACAACUUAAAUUCCAAUCUGGGUCUAGCUCUAAUCUCUAUAUUCUUACUCCUUUCAAACCCUAUAUCUCUCUCAGAGGCUGAGGCUGAGCCUGCCCCUGCCCCACCCACAGUCUGGGAUAUCCUGCCCAAAUACGGCCUCCCAAGUGGCCUCCUACCCAGCACAGUCACCAACUACAGUCUCCAAAACGACGGUAGAUUCAUCGUCGUUUUGGAGAGCCCUUGCUACGUCCAAUUCGAGUACUUAGUCUACUACGAAAAGACCAUCACCGGAAAACUGGGUUAUGGCUCCAUAACUGAUUUGAAAGGCAUUCAGGUGCAACGCUUCUUCUUGUGGUUCGAUGUGGAUGAGAUCAAGGUGGAUUUGCCACCUUCCGAUUCCAUUUAUUUUCAAGUUGGAUUUAUCAACAAGAAGCUCGACGUUGACCAGUUCAAGACCAUUCAUUCUUGCCGUGAUGGGGUUACGGGCUCUUGUGGAUAUUCUUGGAAAUCGGUUCUUCAGCUUCCAAUGCCUACAAAUGACAUUCAGAUGCUAAUUACAGAGUAGCUGCCACGGAGUGCUGUUGCUAUAUGGAAAAUUGAUAGCGUAAGCUUCUAUCUGUUAUUAGUGUAAGGAAAAGGAAACGAAAAAAAAAAAGAAGAAAAGAGAGGGAGUGAGCUAAUUGAUGGUAAUUUCAGACUCAAAAGUGAGGGGUCUGGCGAAGCCUUAUCUAAAUAUGUUAUAAGUACAUUGUAUAUAUAGUGGGCUUGUAUUUUAGUUGCAGUUUAUAAUAUUAAUUACAUCCUCUGUUUGAACUGUACCUUUUAAAGUUUGAGAUGUGAUGAAUAAUGUAUGGUUGUCAUUUGCUAUGUUGCUUAAACGUUUGGCUGUGCUAA